UGACCGUUGUCAAGGAUGGAGAGCAGCAGCCACAAACCAAUGAUACAGUAAUAGCUAUACCUCCUUGUCACAAACGCAUGCAAACUGUCUGACUUCGACCUAAACAAUAGUCGAUGAAAUAGGCUGAUGAAAACGACGUUGUGAACUCAACAAUCAACAGCCCGAAGUAGGCAACAUUGAUCAGCAAGAUGAAAAAUAGACACGGUAAUACAAUUGCCCAUCAGCCACACAAGAACAUUCCCUAUGGAAACCUCCCACAAGCCUAUGUACCACCUGAGCAGCAGGACAUGAUGCCUACACAGAGGCCUCCAAACUGCCCUCCAGGUCUAGAGUAUCUCAACAUGAUUGAUCAGCUUCUUGUUCAGCAGGAAGUGGAGUUAGUUGAAGCAAUCUUCGGAGUGGAGACCAAUAAUAAGUAUAUGGUGAGGAACACCAUGGGUCAGCAAGUCUUCUAUGUGACAGAGGAGAAUAACUGCUGCAACAGGCAGUGCUUGGGGCCCUCCCGCUCAUUUGUCUUGCACGUCCAGGACAAUAACGAUCAGGAGGUCAUGACCCUCCAGCGCCCUCUGAGGUGCUCUCUUGGCUGCUUUCCUAUCUGUCUCCAAGAGCUGGAAGUACAGGCCCCGUUUGGAAAUACCAUUGGAUAUGUUAUUCAGGAGUGGGAUCUACUGUUUCCUAAAUUCACCAUACAAAACGAAAAAAGGGAGAGUAUAUUAAAAAUCAGGGGACCGUUCUGUCCAUGGAGAUGCUGCCCAGAUGUGGAUUUCGAGGUACUGUCUUUGGAUGAACAAACAAAAGUUGGCAACAUUUCAAAACAAUGGGCCGGUCUGAUGCAGGAGGCCUUUACAGAUGCUGACAAUUUUGGCAUCAAGUUCCCGAUGGACCUGGAUGUGAAGGCAAAGGCUAUCUUAUUGGGGGCAUGCUUUCUUAUUGAUUUCAUGUUCUUUGAGAAGACAGAUUAAUAUGAUCAUCCUUCUAUCAAGCUUAUCAAUGAUUUAAAAAAAAUAAAAAAGGUGUAUCUGACACUGUGAAUAGAG